AUUGAUGCAUUUGUUUCGCGCCUAAACUUAAGAUCUAAUUAAGCAGUGAACGGAACCAAUUUUACAAAUGUCUUAGGAUGAUUUAGGCAAUAAAGUCAAUUUGGGAUUUAAUUGGAUUCCGCUUUUAAGUCGAGGAAGCAAUUUGCCACUUUAACCGUUUACCUCUCGUGCUAGCUUCUUCCUCGCUCGGACAAAACAACAAGCACAGGAUAAGCAUUUUAAAAUAUCAAAAACAAAAAGAAAAAGAAAAAAGUAAUCAAAGAUCCAAACUUAUUUUAAUCAAUUAACACAAAAAAGAAAAUCGUAUCUCGCCAACAACUUCAGGUAAAGUUUGUAUAUAACAAUCAAUCAUUUGCUGAUUAGUGGCUCCUUCGCCAACAGGUGUAUCCAUAAUAAUGGUCAGUCAUUAAGUUAUUGGCAAAAUAGCAGUGACACUGCAAUUCGAUUACCCGUCAGUGAGAUAGAGAAAGUAAUAAGUAGAAGAAGAAGAGGAUGAUGUUAAAGCACACAAUUAGAAGCUUUAGAAGAAGAAUAACCUCAAACUCAAUAGCAUCAAAACAAGUCCCACGAGAGAAGUUAGAGUGCGUGGUAAUAGGAGCAGGCAUCGUAGGCAUAGCAGUGGCAAGAGAGCUUGCACUUAGAGGCAAAGAAGUACUAGUGUUAGAUUCAGCCUCGACUUUCGGCACCAGCAUCAGCUCCCGGAACAGCCAAGUCAUUCACGCUGGCAUUUACUAUCCUCCCAAUUCAUUCAAGUCUUUAUUUUGUGUAAAGGGAAGAGAUUUGCUCUAUAAAUAUUGCUCCCAACAUGGGAUUCCGCAUAAACAGACUGGCAAGCUCAUUGUUGCUACAUCUGCUUAUGAGAUUCCAAAGCUUUAUUAUCUGAAGGACCUUGCAGCUCAAAAUGGGGUUCAUGGUUUGAGAAUGCUGGAGGGUUUUGAAGCUAUGAAAAUGGAGCCUCGCUUGCAAUGUGUUAAGGCUUUGUUUUCUCCUGUUUCUGGGAUUGUUGAUGCUCAUUCUCUUAUGCUAUCUUUACUGGGAGAAGCUGAAAAUUAUAAGACAACCUUAUCUUACAAUUCUACAGUAACUGGUGGCCAUCUUGAAGGCAAUCAUCUGCACCUUCAUGUCAUUGGAAGAAAUCAUCUUGAAAAUUGGGAUGGAAAGUCUGUAUUACACCCUGAGCUUAUUCUUAUUCCUGAGCUUGUUAUAAACUCUGCAGGAUUGAGUGCCUUACAGCUUGCAAGGAAAUUUGAUGGCCUACCUAGUACUAUGAUUCCACCUGCACAUUUUGCUCGCGGUUGCUAUUUCACCUUAUCAAAUACUAGAAUUCCUCCUUUUCAGCAUUUGAUAUACCCUAUACCUGAGGAUGGGGGGCUUGGAGUUCAUGUUACUCUGGAUCUGGAUGGUCAGGUUAAGUUUGGCCCAGAUGUUGAGUGGAUUCAUGGUAUAGAGGAUAUAUCAAGCUUUCUUGAUAGGUAUGAUUACACUGUUAGUGCCCAUCGUGUAGAGAGAUUUUACCCGGAGAUAAGGAAGUAUUAUCCAAAUUUGAAGACUGGGACACUGGAGAUAGGUUAUGCAGGGAUUCGACCAAAAGUUUCAGGUCCUGGACAAGCUCCUAUGGACUUUGUAAUUCAGGGAGAAGAUAUUCAUGGAGUGCCUGGUCUUAUCAACCUUUUUGGUAUUGAAUCACCUGGUCUAACAUCAAGCAUGGCGAUUGCAGAAUAUAUAGCUAGCAGGUUCUUGAAAUGAUAUGACAUCAAUUGGGGAUCUGAUUUCGAAUUCAACUGCUAUUCUUUCCAUGCAAGAUUAACAAUAAACUAUAAGGUUGAUGAUGCUCCUUAUUGGCAAGGGAUACCAUGUGUUCUGCCCGUGACAGAAUGUUAAUAACACCAGGUAUAUUGAGCCAAAUAAAUUUCUAGCCACUUAAAUGCACAUCUUUUAUUUAUUAACAACUUGAAAAUAACUUAUGUUCAUAUCAAAGUAAACUAUUGUUCAUGGAGAUGAAGGCAAAUCCGGCAGUCACUUCCAUGGCCUGCCCUCAUUAUACAGUACUCGUGCAGAUGCUUUUGUAAUAGGUUUCCAUAAUCUUUUUAAUAUAAUAAGUUUUGAUUUUAAA